AUGGCGGAAUUCAUCACCAACCUCCUAGAAAUGGGAGCUGCCAAUUUCUACCGAAACACAACAGGAGCUUUCGCACAAAUGAAAGAUAUGGAACUUCAGAAAUGGAUUCGAAUCGUCGCAGUGGUUGGAGCAUACCUGCUCAUCAGGCCAUAUUUCAUCAAUCUUGGCGCGAAGAAACAAGAGAAAGAAUAUGCCAAAGCAAGAGCUGAACAUGCGGAACAGAAGGAAAAGGAAAAGCACGUUGGCGCAAAUUCCUUUAGAGAUUCGGCCAAGGCUUCCGAGGAUACCGACAGCGAGGAGGAUGCCAAGGUCACUUCGAGUGAUGUCAAAUGGGGCGGCAAGGCACGAAAGAAGCAAAGACAGGCAAUCAGGAAGAUUUUGGAUCAGGAGGAGAUGUUGAGAAAACAACAACAAGAGGACGAUGAGGAUAAGGAUAUUCAGGAAUUCUUGCGCGAUUAG